AUGGUUGGCUUUUCUCUAGGGUUCCUGAGUUUAAUGAUCUUCAUCUCUCUUACAGGAAUUAUAGGUAAUGUAUUUCUCAUCUUAUCCAUCAUUCAGGCCAGGUUUUCCCGCAUGAAGUCCUUCGAGGUGUUCCUCCUGGGACUCGCUGCGUUCAACUUGGAGGAGAUCAUCAUUGUGGAUCUCUAUGAUAUCGCCAUGUUUCAGAGCAUUAUCAGCUUCGACACUUGGUUGUGUCGGAUGCUGAAGUUCCUGACUGUGUUAGGUGAAACAGCCAGCACACUCUUCACAGUCCUAAUCAGCAUUUUCCGCUAUCAGAAGCUGAAAGAUGCCGAAAGGAGGGUCAGCCUUCCCAUCUUCCUCGACAACAUCAGGUCAGCCUGGAUGGUGAGUGGCAUUUGUGCAAUCCUUGCAAUACUCCUGAGUGCCCCGACUUAUGCCAUUAAGUUUCACGGCCAUCUAGAGAACUUUACAGACCACAGCGUUGGAUGCCCCCCGGACUUCUUUCAGUGCUAUAGUAACAAUUGUCCAUUUCUCAACCACUAUUACAAACACCUGUUCAUUGUGAUCUGCAUCCUGCUGCCUCUGUUCAUUAUCAGUGUGACGAGUUGCUUCAUGAUAAAGGUUCUUUUGUUUCACAAGAGGAUUAUAACACCAGUGCUGGGUGUGAGCAAGUCAGGACAGUCCAGCAAGAAGUACAUGGGGCUGAAGUUGCAGCGGAGUACAGUUGCCAUUCUGGCAGCCAUGGGGGUGUUCGCGGUAGACGGGGCUUUCUAUUUGAUCCUCCAUCUUGGUCUCAGUCCCUAUAACUUCCCCCAAUGGUAUCAAUUAGAAUUGUGUAUGAUUUCAUCCUAUACAACAAUCAGUCCUUAUGUGUAUGGGAUGGGGAACAACUUAAACUUUUUCAAGAAGAUUCUGAAGAAGUGA